AUGCUGGGGCUCCCAGCGUGGCCCUGCUCGCUUUUCCUCCUCCUAGUUCUGCUCUCUGCCAGCGUACAAGCGAUGUCCUCAUCAGGACAAAGGCUCCAGGUGCUCCUUUCCCAUCUGCUGCCCUCGGACUCCGAAUCCUUGCCGGCCGAGGAGGACAUGAAAGAGGGGUCCAGCUCUGAGCCACAGCUGCUCUCCCCCCCACUGCCGCUCCUCCUGUCCGGGGCCCGAGCUGUGCAUCCCCUGCACUGGCGCAAGGCCCUCGCCAGUCGCAAGAGAGCUCUCUCUGGAGACUGGGCCUGGAAGGCCGUGCCCCGGGGCUGCUUUGGGCUGAAAAUGGACCGCAUUGGGGCCUUCAGCGGGUUGGGCUGUUAGCCUGGAGAGACUGGAGGCAGAGACCAGGCGUGUGGAGAGCCGGCCCGGGACGAGACCCAGCUCGGGACAGGACGGGAUGGAGCAGGCAGCAGCGGGAGCCCCGAGGGCAGGGCGGGAAGCCGCGCCGCGCCGAGGAUUCGCGAAUUAAACCGA